GCAGAGAAGGAGGCUCAUCUCAGCCUGUGGGACUCCCUGGAGUCUGACACAGAGAGCCUCGCCCAGGAGAGACUAUACCAGAUGCAGCUUCAGAGUCGGAUCCAUCAGGGCAAUCGGAUGGAAGAAGAAGAUGCUGAAGGCGACAGUGAGGAAGAGCUUGGAGAGCAAGAUAAUUACAUUUAUGACAGUCUUGACGUUACAGCACUUAGACUAGGGAAGAGAAAACCAACACCAGAUAACGAUGGAGUCCAAGAGGUACUACAGGAGGAGAAAAGCCAAGACACAUUGAGGAACACUCAAGUGGAGGAUGAAUAUGCGUCCUUGCGUUAUGACCCCAACUGGAGGAGCAACCUGAAGGGGGCUCAGCACUUUGGUGGAGGGAGGACCCAGCUGCUGCUGGAGGAGGACAUAUACCAUGAUGCUGGAGAGGCAUCUGGGGAGGGUCCCUGGCAGCAGAUAGAAUUCACCGGAAGUGGAGCGCAGGAAAACGCGUACGCCCGUGGCCAUGUUCCCGCCGUAAGUUUUGUGGCAGGCGUGGAGGACCACGGCGGACCGAAGCUGAAGCCUCCCCCAACCCCUUACCGUCCACCUCUGCAAGGAAACCCUCUCGGUCAAGCAGGCUCACCUGCAUCCGCACACCCAAGACGGCAGGAACAGUUGGACCGAGCGGAGGGCGUGGAAUCAGACAGGAGCCUCAGGGCCCUCUCAGGUGCGAGGAACCAAGCGUACACAGGUGAAAACCAUGUCUCUCAUGAACUAGAGGAGAGUUACGAAAACAUGAACGAGAGAUAUGCGAGGGAGUAUCAGGUGUUCUACGACCAAGAAUCUGCACGCACCAAUGAGGCGAUGAACUGCAGACAGGACGGUGUUCACUAUAAACUGAAACACUCCCACCGCUUAUCAAAUGCGAGGCCAGUCAAACCAAAGGACGAUAUAGUGGAGCGCAACAAGAUGACCCUGGGUGUCCAAAGAAAACAGGGGUCCUACCUUAGGGCACAUGGACAGAGGGGAGAAAAAGAGCACAUAAAUCAGGAACCAGAGGCCAUGGAAGAGAUUUCCAGCAUUAGUAGCCAGGGAAGUCAAGACAAUCUUUUGGACCCCGAACUCAGGUGGCAGCAAAAGACACAGAGACUGAAGGUCUACCACCAGAAGAAAAGGCAGAGGAGAGAAGGAAAGCACCUUAAGCCCAUUGUGAAAAAGCAGAAUCCGUCCGGCUCCGGGACAGUGGUCGGUGGCCAGAGCGGGACACGGAGCCAUCCCCUGCGGCUGGGCCACGCCGAGGUGCUGGUCAUCGAUGGGGCGGACCCUGGCAGCACGGCAGCAGACGUCACGCCCUUCCUGAGCCCAGGUCACCAGCAGGCCAGCAUCACGCUCUCACCCACCCAGCGCCCUCCACUCGGGCCCAGCCUCACUGUUUAUAACCCCACUCCCCUGAGCUGUUACCAUGACCGCCAGCACCAGGAAGGACAGAGGCUCAGUCAUAGGCAGCCAUCACAAAGCCCAGGGUCUUACAAAGUGCUGCCCCCUAUUGGGCAAACAGUGGCAAGUGACACUGAGCUGAGCAGCCAAAGUCCUCGACAGCAAAUAAACCCCAUUCAGCGGAGCAGCUCAGAGGGUUAUCUGGCUCAGCUGGUGAGACAGAAGCAACUGAAAGAGAAAACAACCUACAAGGCAUACAGUCUGAAAGACUAUAAAGCCCUCAAACAGGAUGUUAAGCUUGGUGGACUUGGACCAAAUUACGAAGUAACAGAAAUGACAGCAGAGAAAAUUAGACGGCAGAAGCAGUAUUCAAAUAAGGUCCGCGAGCAGAACAAGAACUUAAGCAGGAACCUCUUUCUGCCAGCUAAGAACCCGAUGGGCAGUGACACCAGGGAGGAUAUUGUCCCCAGAAGAAAGGCUCUGGAAUAUGCCAGGAGCAUUCCGAAACCCAGGCCGCCCCCCCAGCCGAAGAACCGCGAGGCUGGGAAAGAGGACUUCCACGAGCCGUUGGGGUAUCUGGAGGACAUAGAUCUAUCCCAGCUCGCCAGACUGGAGAUGUUACAGAAGCGGCAUGAGGAGGAAAAACAGGUUGUGGCCCAUUUUAAAGCCUUGCGUGUCAUUUAA